AUGGUCGGUCUAUUGCGUGUGAAUUUCUCUUUCCCACUGGGCCUGACCUGACCUGACCUCCCCCCCCCCCUCUGCCUCGGUACCUGCAGCUCGACAAGGACGUGUCCGACUCGACCGCGAAUGACGAUACACCGGUCACGCUCGAGGACCAGACCCGCAUCAACCAGUUCUCCCAACUGAACGCCCACUACGACGAGUUGACCGAGCGCCUCGAGCUCGUCCAAAAGGAACUCGAGGACGUCGAGGAGCUCGAACCCGAGUUGGAACUGAUGGAUGACGACGACGAGGUCAUGUGAGCCGCAACACGCGCGGCGUACGCUUACUUGCGGUUUGCCUCGACUGAUCCUGUGCUACCCUACCCUGCAGGUACAAGCUCGAUUCGUCGUUUCUGCGGUUGCCGGCAUCCGAGGUGCUGACGCUGCUGCAGAGCUCGCUCGAAAAACUCAACGCCGAGGCGGCGACACUGCGAAGCGAGAGGGAAGAAUGCGAUCAGGGCAUGACCAAACUCAAGGGGUUGCUCUACGCCAAGUUCGGCAGUCAGUACACUCACUCGGCAGGGCCAGACCGCUUGCAGAGAGUGGGAUCGAACUGA